GUAGUUGGCAGUGCCGGUUCUGAUGAGAAGGUCAACCUCCUGAAAACAAAGUUUGGAUUCGACGAUGCCUUCAACUACAAGACGGAACAGGACCUCAACGCCGCACUAAAGAGGUGCUUCCCGGAGGGCAUUGACAUCUACUUCGACAAUGUGGGUGGUGCGAUAUUAGACGCUGCGCUACUCAACAUGAGGCUGCACGGGCGGGUGGCCAUGUGCGGGUUGAUUUCGCAGUACAACCUGGAGCUGCAUGAGGGCGUGCGCAACCUUGCCUGCGUCGUUACCAAGCGCGUCCGCAUAGAGGGGUUCAUCGUGACGGAGUACUUCGGCACCUACCGCAAGUUCGAAGAGGAGAUGGUAAGUCACCUCAAGGAAGGGAACAUUACCUACGUGGAGGACGUCGCCGAGGGGAUCGAGAAGGUACCGGCAGCACUCGUCGGGAUCUUCUACGGGUGCAACAUCGGAAAGCAGCUUGUGGCUGUUGCACGGGAUUGA